CGACCUGGGAGGAUGCCAGAAGGUCUGUAAGAGUCAUCCACUAUCCCAGAAUGCUUUAGUUCACUCGUGCUGGACGAGAAGCUAGGCAAGGUGGUGGUCGGUGUGUGUGUGUGAUAAGGAAAAAUGGCAAAAAGCCUAAGAAGUAAGUGGAAGCGGAAGAUGCGGGCAGAAAAGAGAAAAAAGAAUGCACCAAAGGAGCUUGCACGACUGAAAAGUAUACUAGGAGCAGAUGGCAGUGGUGACAUUACUAUGAAUGAUGUUAAAGAAAUUGCAACUGUGGUACCAUGUGAGAAACUGAAACAGAACCCAGCUGCAAAAGAGGAUGAUGAUGCAUCUCUAAUGGAUAUUGAUAAGAAAAGGAGCAAAAAGACUCUUUUAAAUGAGCAUGGACAGUAUCCGAUAUGGAUGCAUCCCAGACAAAGAAAGAAGCUCAAAAGGCAGCUGAAAAAGAAGGGAAAAUCAAAACAGCCGAAGGGGCUUGCUUGGUAGACUUGUUAAAGUAUGCGAAAUGAACGUCAGUUUCGGAAAAAUAGCAGUCAUUUAAAAUGUUUCACAUGUUGAUGAGGAAGUGAUAGUGCAUGACUUUUGAAAUGUACCACAACAAUACUAAUAUGUGUUCUAUAUCUUUGAAGAUUGUUGAGUUGUAACAUAUUUUAGAUUAAAAGAUUCCUAUAACAAGAAGAUGGCAUCAGUGAAAAUUUGGUGUUUUAAGAUUAAUUUACAACUUUAGCAUUUUCCCAUUAAGCAAGAGGUCUGAAUUUACUAGAACAUAGAAGGGAUUGACAGCUCUGCUUAUGUAAGUGGAGAAAGUAUCCCGAGAAGAUCAACUAGUAAAAUAUAUAAAUUUCAUCCAAAGAAACUUUACCAAGACCACAUAGAUUUCUAUAUUUUUAUUAUCAAUUUGUUUGUACUCUAGAGUUAAAAAUAAAAAUACUGUGCAGUUUGGAUGUCAGAAAUGUUAUUUCUGUUCCCUCAGCACAAUUUUCUGUGAAUAACAAAGGUAUAGUAUUUUGCAACUUGUCUAAAAUAAAAACUUGCCAGGAA